GGCGGAGGCACGCGAGUGUGACAAAUUGGCGGAGAGGAAGAAACAGCUGAGCCGCUCUUAGCGAGUGACACAAGCCAGGCUGUCCGAGCCACAUCCGCAUACUCGUCUCCAGUCGCAUAUCGAGUAUGCUUGCCACCCGGCGAUGGCGGGGCGUGCCAUGCCCAGACGCUGACAUCUGCGUCCGCCGCCCGCUGUGCCCCUUCCGCCAUGUUCCUGCCGAGUCGUCCGCAAGGAGCAGACCGGGUUCCACGCCGCAACCAACGACGGCAACAGAAUCAGCGACGACGACGCUGGGAAUGGGCGACGCCGCGCCGCCGCCGAUCCGGUAUUCGCUUGCCGAGGAGCGGGCGCGUCUGGCGCAGUCCCGCAAGGCGCGCGAGGCCUCACGAGCUGCCGCUGAGGCAGCCGCGGCGACCGACGAGAGUGGGCGCCGGCAGCGACGGCCGACGCCUCCACGACCACCGUCGCCUCUCAUUGCGGACGCUGCCCCAGCCGGCGAGGGCGAGAAGGCGGCGGCGAAGAUUGCUGCAUUCCUUCCGCCGUCACCCGAGCCGGAAGGCGACGAUAGCGCUGCGCCGCAGCCGGCGCUGUCCCCCGAGCCUGAGCCGGUGCUCUUCAAGCCGGACGCGCGAGUCAUCGCGUGCAAGUAUCCACGGGCACUGCGGGAAAAGUAUGUUCGGCUGCUGUUUGAGGCGCUGAUGGGCCAAAUGGCGGACGCGGUGGCAGGCCUCGACUCGGAUAGGGCCAAGAGAGUCCGCGCCAAGCGGUUUGCGGCGCAGCAGGCGCUGGACAUCGAGCGUGCUGCCUACGACGGAUCGGUGAGCAAGAACAACUACAAAUCGCUCUGUACCACCCGCAUCCUCUUCAUUCGCAACCCGCUACGCUAGCAGCCAGUCGUGUCCUGCUCUGCACACAGGUAAAGGCGUGUGUGUUA